ACAAUUUCAUUCAGGCAUUUGGUGGACACCCAUCAAGCUGUCCGAGGACCCCAGGAUGUCCAUGCUUGCCGAACCCCGGAGAAAACAGAAGUGGUCUGUGGAUCCAAGGAACAGCACCUGGAGCAAUGAUGACUCCAAAUUCGGCCAGAAGAUGCUGGAGCGAAUGGGCUGGUCCAAGGGCAAGGGUCUGGGGAAGUCUGAACAAGGCUGCACGGAUCAUUUGAAAGUCAAGCUUAAAAACAACAACCAUGGUCUCGGUGCCACUGCCAGUUAUGAGGACAACUGGAUCUCCCACCAAGAUGAUUUUAAUGAGCUUCUAGCCCAGCUGAACAGCUGCCAUGGUCAGAACAACAGCAGCACUGAAGCCCAAUCAGAAGAGCAGAGGAGCUUCAGCUUGGAGGAGAAGUCCAAGACGUCCAAGAAGAGGGUCCACUACAUGAAGUUCACCAAAGGUAAAGAUCUGUCGUCCCGAAGUGAAACGGACCUCAACUGCAUUUUUGGCAAAAGAGCUAAAUCCUCCAGAGACUCUGAGCAGGAGGGCGGCAGCAGAGACUCCCCGUGUGAGGAAGAGACGCCGGCAGACACCGAGUCCAUCACCAAGACCGUGACCAGCACGCUCACCAUGCAGGAGUACUUUGCCCAGAGGAUGGCCAGCCUGAAGAAAGCUCGAGCAGAGGGGGCUCCAUCUGAAGCCUCGAGUCCCGUCCAGACCUCUGAUCCUGAACCAGAUGAGCCCAAGAAGAAGAAGAAGAAAAAGAAGAGGACAGAGGCUGUUGAGGUGGAAGGAACUGAGGACAGCCGUGGUCAGGUUAUUGCCGAAGAUGAGCAGCCUUCCAAGAAAAAGAAGAAACGAAGAAAAAACGAAGAUGACACUGCGACUGAAAUCUCUUGCACUACCUCUGGUGUGGAGGAGAAUUGUGACGAGGCGCCUCCAUCCAAGAAGAAGAAGAAAAAGAAGCAAAAAGAAAACAUGAAUGAGCAGAUGAAUGGACAUGAACUGACUGGGAGCCUGACAGAAAAGUCCAAGAAGAAGAAGAAGAAGAAGAAGAAGAAGAAGAAGAAGAAAAGCAGAGAGGAGACGAGUGAUGAGGUGUAGGAGAAGAUCACCACAGUAGCAGCAUCGCAUCUGUUUCAGGGUUUCACUGCUGUUCAGGACUCAUUUCAUGAACGCAUUCUUUGUCCUCCUGACUGACAGGAACACACACACACACAGAUAGGUGCCUGGGUUUUGGGUUGUUGGAUGAACUUUUUUUUUUUUUUUUUUUUUUUUUAAUCAGCUGUGUUUUGGGAGUUGCCGAACGCCAAUGUUGACGUUUUUUAAUAGAGUUAAACAUGAAAUAAGGUUUGUUGGAAGCACCUGAAUUGUGUCAGAGAUGCCUUAUGAAUUCCAAGCUAGUACAAGAUGGAUGUCUGCUGCCUUUGUCAUUGAACUUUUUUUUCAGUUAUUGUAAUAUUCUUAAAUCAUGGUAUGAAACAUUAAAAAACAUACCAUGGUC